ACCUAUUUUAACCUGAGUGCAUUUGCGCUGACAGUCUGUCACAAAAGGAAUUCUUGCUCAAAAAGUUCGAGUCAUUCGUAAACCUCAAUUUUUUAGAGUAACAUUUUAAUAGUGAUAAUUAUUAAUGGAAGAAAUAGGAAUUAUUUUACCAGACAAGGACAUGUGUGAAAUCGAGUCCAAACCAGCAAUUGGUCAUUAUGCUGCUUUGGAAGAGUUGGAUAUUGAAGAUCUUUACACCAAGUACAAGAAACUACAGCGAAUGUUAGAAUUCCUGGAGGUGCAGGAAGAAUAUAUAAAAGAUGAGCAACGAAAUUUGAAAAAGGAAUAUCUACACGCUCAGGAAGAGGUGAAACGAAUUCAAAGUGUUCCAUUAGUAAUUGGACAAUUCUUGGAGGCUGUCGAUCAAAACACCGGAAUUGUUGGUUCGACAACUGGUUCAAAUUAUUAUGUUCGCAUUUUAUCAACAAUCGAUCGGGAAUUAUUGAAGCCAUCUGCCAGUGUUGCUCUCCACAAACACAGUAAUGCUUUAGUAGACGUUCUUCCUCCGGAGGCAGACUCCAGUAUUUCGAUGCUUCAAGCUGAUGAGAAGCCUGACAUUCAGUACAGUGACAUUGGAGGAAUGGAUAUGCAGAAACAAGAAAUUCGAGAAGCUGUUGAAUUGCCUCUUACACACUUUGAAUUAUAUAAGCAAAUUGGUAUCGAUCCCCCAAGAGGUGUAUUAAUGUAUGGACCACCAGGAUGUGGUAAAACUAUGCUCGCUAAAGCUGUUGCAAGACACACGACAGCUGCAUUUAUUCGCGUCGUGGGUUCGGAAUUCGUGCAGAAAUACUUAGGAGAAGGUCCUAGAAUGGUUAGAGAUGUCUUCCGUCUAGCGAAAGAAAAUUCACCAGCAAUCAUUUUUGUCGAUGAAAUUGAUGCAAUUGCAACGAAACGUUUCGAUGCCCAAACUGGAGCCGAUCGUGAGGUUCAACGUAUUCUUCUUGAAUUACUAAAUCAAAUGGAUGGUUUCGAUCAAACGACAAAUGUCAAAGUGGUCAUGGCCACAAACAGGGCCGACACAUUGGAUCCAGCGCUUUUACGUCCUGGUAGAUUGGACAGAAAAAUUGAAUUCCCACUGCCAGAUCGUAGACAGAAGCGUUUGAUAUUUUCAACGAUAACAACAAAAAUGAAUUUGAGUGAAGAGGUUGAUUUGGAGGAUUACGUUGCCCGACCGGACAGAAUUUCCGGCGCUGAUAUCAAUGCAAUUUGUCAAGAGGCCGGUAUGCAUGCAGUGAGGGAAAAUCGUUACAUUGUUCUCGCUAAAGAUUUCGAGAAGGGCUACAAGAAUAAUAUCAAGAAAGACGAGUCUGAACAUGAAUUCUAUAAAUAAAAAAUCAGCGUUAGAAAAUUGAACCCCAUUUUUUUCUGACUUACAUAUAUUUUAAGCUAUUGUAAUUGAUUUAUACAUUAAAUACUAAUUGAUUCACAA